CACACUCGGUCCUCCUCCAGACCUGUCUGGUCUCCCAUCCUCUUUCCUCUCGCCUAGUUGGAGAGGACCCAGCGGGAAUAAGAUCAUUGUGGGGUUCUUCUCUUUUCCUCCCCUUCAGCCGGGGGCUAAGCUGCUGAUCUUGGUGGGGGGAGGGAGAGUGGGAACCAAGAAAAAAAGGAAAGAAAGAAAAGAAAGAGGAGGAGAAACUAGCUCAGGAUCGGCUUCUUGUCUUUAGUUGGGCUGUAGGGACAACGCCUUCCCAUUCUAGCUAGCGCGCUCCAGCCUAGUGCUCUCCAGCUCUGACCCCCAGGACGGGGUCGCACCGGUAGGUUGGGGGCGUAGGACCCUGUCCUGGAGCAAAGCUGUGGCACCUCGAGUGAAGCCAGUCACUAAUCGGGCAAGGCGCCUGACGAGCCCAGCCGAGCCCAGAAGUGCCAAGGUCUCAAGAGCGCAGCUGAAGGAGCUCUUUCUGGGCAACAGGUAUUCCUCUCUCCCACUACACCCAACUUGGAGCGGCGCCUGAGAAGACAGAGCGAAAAGGGCAGCGAUUUCAGUUCUCGGCAAGAUGAAAGACCGGCUCCCAGAGCUGCUGGAAUUAGCCAGGCAGUACGACCAACAGUUUGCUGAAGGAGAGGAUGAAGCGGACGUGGCCCAGGAAAAUAUUAUAUUUGAGACAGACUACAUCCUGGAAUCUUUGUACAAAGACAUCCGAGACAUCCAGACAGAGAAUCAUCUGCUGACCGUGGACGUCAAGCGUCUGGGCAAGCAGAACGCCCGCUUCCUCACCUCCAUGCGCCGCCUCAGCAGCAUUAAGCGGGACACCAACUCCAUUGCUAAGGAUAUCAAAACCCGGGGAGAAGCCAUCCAUAAGAAGCUCCAGAGCAUGAAAGCUUUCAGCGAGGCAGCCGAGGAGAAGCACGGAGCCAAUUCCGCCAUGGCCCGAAUCUCCAAGGCCCAGUACAACGCGCUCACUCGGGCUUUCCAGGAGGCCAUGCAUGAUUACAACCAAGCCGAGAUGAACCAGAGGGAGAACUGCAAGAUCCGUAUUCAGCGUCAGCUGGAGAUCAUGGGCAAAGAGGUCUCCGGCGCUCAGAUAGAAGAGAUGUGCGAGCAAGGCAAGUGGGAUGUUUUCUCCGAGAACCUCCUGGCUGAUGUGAAGGGGGCCCGGUCGGCCCUGAACGAAAUUGAGAGCCGGCACAAGGAGCUGGUGAAAUUGGAGAGCCGCAUCCGGGAGGUGCAUGAACUCUUCCUCCAGAUGGCUUUGCUCGUGGAAGAGCAGGGGGACGCCCUAGACGUCAUAGAAUUGAACGUGGAAAAGAUCCAGAGCUACACAGGAGAGGCAAAAGCUCACGUGAAGAAAGCCGUGGAGUACAAGAAGAAGAACCCUUGUCGGACAUUUUGCUGCUACUGCUGUCGGUGCCUUGAAUGAGACGGAUGUGACUGAAACCCCUGGGCCCCCAUCACCACCAACUGACUGUGACUAGAAUAUGCUGAAUGAACACAUUCUAAGCAAGACUUUUACAGGUUUUGGAACAAAAAUGAGUUGGACCUCCCUCGCCGGGGCCUCGGGAAUGGUUGUUGGUCAUCUUUGUAUCUCUCAAAGGGAAGCAGCAGCAGCAGCAGAAGAAGAAGAAGGUUGGGUUAAGAUGCUCGAUUUCACCUCCUCUCUAAAAGAUAAUUGAUACAGCCAAAGUUUUCAUCAGUAAAAAAACAAGAUUUGCUAUAAUACUAACUCGCAUUAGCUCUGUGUAUAGUGUAUCCAAAAUGCUUUCAUUCUUUUUAUGGAAAAUAAAGACAGGACCAACAUUCUUAUCCCUGGAAAGUGAGUGUUAUAAGCAUUUUUCUCAGUAUUCUUAGCAAGGGGAAGGAAACCCAAUUAUGGGUCCACUAAAAUUAUGAGGUUUCUUAGUCAUCUGAUCAUGGUCAAAUAGGCUGGUUCCAAUAGAAUUGGAAAAGUAAAUUACUUCCUCACAUAACUAGAUGCUGGAAUCCUCCUGGGACCUGGUCCUUAAGAAUUUAAUUCACUUGAAAACAGAGAAAAAAUGUAAAAUUGCUUGUUUUUCUCCCUCGCUGAAUUGGGUUUUUUUUUUUAUUUUUUUAAGGUCACAACCAAGACAACCUCCCAGUCUAAUCUUUAUUAUUGUAUUAAACAUUCAUUAGUUACUUGUUUCUUUUCUGUUGGAGAGCAUUUUGGGGACAGUUUUCAAAUAUUUUAAGCACUGAAGAUUGAAUAGGUACAAAGCACUUGGGUUACAGCACCAGUGUUUUUAGACAUCUGUAUAUGUUAAACUAACAGAAAGUUGACUUUUUAACUUGUCAAUUUUAUGCACACAUGAAUGUCCUGGCACAUGUAAGAGUAGAACAUUAGCAUUCACUGUGGUUUGUACAUAAGUGCUAAGCCAGCUCACUUUCCUUCAGAUUUAUGAAUAUCCUUUAUUAAAAAUAAAUACUAUUUAGAUCCCUGGACUUUAAGAAGCCCUCUCACACCAAAAAAAAAUCCCUCCUCUGUCCUGUAAAUCCUACCAAAAAAUUCAUUUGGAAGCUCUUUGUAUUGAUUCUUUUUGGCAAAGAUAAGUAAAAAGCGCCAGAAAGACAUAGAGAACAAAACACACCAGCACUAAUUUGAGAAUGUCUAGGACAGAUGACAAGCAAUUAGCCACAGCUAAUUCUUCCUUUUUGUCCCAUGGUAGGCUGGAAAAAGCCCUAGCCUGGAAAUGAGAACACCUCAGGGAUCACAUCUUGCUCUACCACUUCAGUGUCUAUGUAACAUUGACCAAGUCACUUUACUCUCUUAGUUCUAGUAUCCUCAUCUAUAAAAUAAGGAGUCUUAUAUGAAAAUAAUAGCUAUAAAAUGCAAAAUAGUAUCUAUUAUAAGGAAUUAAUGAGGACAAUAAAGACCUAAAUGACCACUUGAGUACUUGCCAUCUGGCAGAUUUUAUUAAUUUAGCUUAUUCUAUUUCAUAUGGGCCAUUCCUUCUCUCUUGUGGAGUUUAGAACUAUCUGUGAAAUACAAACAUUUAGGAAUCUAGGGUAUUUUAAAGUAGAACUAUCUGCUAACCUUUUGUCACAAGCCUUUUUAAGUACUAAUUAUAGCUUUUCCCUAUAUUUUUGUGUUACAUCCUUUUAAACCUCAGCCCCAUAUAAUUUUAUCUAUUAUUAUAAACUAAAAUUUACUGAGUUAGACACUGUGCCUAGGAGGAAAUUGUCAGGGAAAACUCACAUUGAAAACUGAAAUUAUUUCAUAUGAGGAUAUCUUGUCUCUUCCCAGCCUUGUGAUGAGUUGGAGUAUAAAACUUUUACCAGUGACCAAAAUCACCAAUUAACAUUGAUCCAGCCCACAUUAACCAUCUACCCUGUCCCCUUUCCAAUCAACCUUUCUGCUACAAAUAGAUUCUUGGGAAAACUCAGAUAAAAGGGAUAAAAAGAUGAAGUAGAGUAUUUAUUUAUAGCUCCUUCAACUUUUUUUUUUGAGCUCUGUGGCCUUGUCGGCAAGAGAUCUUUGAUAUUUUAAUGGUUAAUCCUAGGGGAAACUAAGUAUUUUGAAUUCUAUCACCUUCAUAGUCAUUACUGUUUCCCUGGUUUCAAAUACAUCUGCUACUUUCUGCUUGUGUGAUCCUGAGCAAGGCUCUUAACCACUCUGGGCCCCAGUUUCCUUAUACUUAAAAUAAGGGAGUAAGACUAGGUGAAGGUUCUUCCCGCUCUAAAUUUAAGAUGCCUUCUCAAUAACUCGACUAUUACUAACUUAAGACUAUAACUUGAGAUAUUCAAUUUUCCCUCCCCUUUUUUGUACAUAUGUAUUUUUAUGAACAAUUUGUAUGAAAACAUUGAAAAGUAAACUCUAUUUAUACCACUCCAUAUUCUGUUCCAAGCUUUGUUUAUGUCACUACAUGUAGUUUUACAUAAUUGUAAUUAGUUUUUACAAUUCUGCUUUAUUUACUUAACAUUGUUUUAUUUAUCUCUUUCUGUAUAUUGACAUUAUUUGCAUACUUGUCAUUUUUAAUAGCUACAUAAUAUUCCAUAGUAUUAAUAUACUAUCAUUUGCAUUUCUGUUAUAUUAAUGUAAAAUAUUUGGGUUGUUUCUGAUGUUUUACUCUUACAAAUAGAAUUACUAUAAACAUCUUUGUAUAAAUUACAUUUAUUUUCUUUAGAUCAUUUCCUUUAUUAAAGUAGUAUUUUGAUGUCUCA